AGCUCGCUCUCCGCCUUCUCCCAGGCCCAGUCUCGGAUCUCAGGCCACGCCCCGUUCCCAUCUCCCUUCCCCGCCCUCAACGAUUUCCUCCUGGCGUCGUUCUUGCCACGCCCCUCUGCGUGGCGUAGCGGAAAAGGCCGCUCUGGCCGCCUGGAGGACUUGUCAUCUGUGCGCGACGGCGCAGGCCGGUGGUGGGCGGGGCUCACGUGAGGGGGUGGAAGUGUCCCGGUGCUUUUCGCUUUGCUGCUUUAGCUCCCCAGUGUUUGGCGAUGGGGCAGCUGGAGUUCUGGAGGUUCAUGUCAAGGUUUAAUGCAUUCAAACGGACUAAUAUCAUACUGCACCAUUUGAGAAUGUCCAAGCACACAGAUGCCACAGAAGAGGUACUAUUGGAAAAAAAAGGUUGUGCAGGAGUCAUAACACUAAACAGACCAAAGUCGCUAAAUGCAUUGACUCUUAAUAUGGUUCAGCAGAUUUAUCCACAGCUAAAGAAGUGGGAACAAGAUCCUGAAACUUUCCUGAUUAUUAUAAAGGGAGCUGGAGAAAAGGCUUUCUGUGCUGGGGGUGAUAUCAGAGCGAUCUCAGAAGCUGAAAAUGCAAACCAGAAGAUAGCCUCAGUUUUCUUCAGAGACGAAUAUAUGCUGAACAAUGCUAUUGCUUCUUGCCAGAAACCUUAUGUUGCACUUCUUCAUGGAAUUACAAUGGGUGGGGGAGUUGGUGUUUCAGUCCAUGGGCAAUUUCGAGUGGCUACAGAAAAGUGUGUUUUUGCCAUGCCAGAAACAGCAAUAGGACUGUUCCCUGAUGUGGGCGGAGGUUAUUUCUUGCCACGACUUCAAGGAAAACUUGGUUACUUCCUGGCAUUAACAGGAUUCAGACUAAAAGGAAGAGAUGUGUACAGAGCAGGAAUUGCUACACACUUUGUAGAUUCUGAAAAGUUGGGCAUGUUAGAGGAAGAUUUGUUAGCCUUGAAAUCGCCUUCAAAAGAAAAUGUUGCAGCUGUCUUAGAAAAUUACCAUACAGAGUGUAAGAUUGAUCGAGACAAGUCUUUUAUACUUGAGGAACACAUGGACAAAAUUAACAGUUGUUUUUCAGCCAAUACUGUGGAACAGAUUAUUCAAAACUUAGAGCAAGAUGGUUCAUCUUUUGCCUUAGAGCAGUUGAAGGUAAUUAAUAAAAUGUCUCCAACAUCUCUAAAGAUCACACUAAGGCAACUCAUGGAGGGGUCUUCAAAGACCUUGCAAGAAGUACUAACUAUGGAGUAUCGGCUGAGUCAAGCUUGUAUGAGAGGUCAUGACUUUCAUGAAGGCAUCAGAGCUCUUUUAAUUGAUAAAGACCAGAGUCCAAAAUGGAAACCAGCUGAUCUGAAAGAAGUUACUGAUGAAUAUUUGAAUAAUUACUUUAAGUCUUUGGGAAGCAAUGAUUUGAAAUUUUGAGGUGACAGGCUUUUAAGGUAUAUUUUGUAGCAUGGGUUGGCAAUCUCCAGCACAUGGGCCAAAUCCAGCCUGCUGCCUGUUUUUAUAUACUCUGCAAGCUAAGAAUGGUUUCUGCAUUUUUAAAUGGUUGGGAAAAGAAAUCAAAGACUAAUGUUUCAUGACAUGUGAAAAUUAUAUGAAAUAUCACAGUUCACAAAUAAAGCUUUAUUGAAACUAGCUAUACUCAUCUGUUUAUAUAUUUUCUGUGGCUGCUUUGAAAUGAGUAGUUGCAAUAGAGAUGGUAAGGCCCACAAAGCCUAAUUAUUCACUGUCUGGAUUUUGUCAGAAAAAGUUUGCCAAUCCCUAUUUUAGAAGAUGGAAAAAUGAAGGUUUUUAGAUACUUUCUUCAGUAGUGUAUCUAUUGAAAUGGGAUCUUUAUUUUGCUUUUGGUAGUGGCUUAUAUGUGGGUUAAAUCAACUUAGGUAUAGAAUAUAAAAAAGACCCCAAAAAUUGUUUUGGA